ACAGAAAUCAAGUAAAUCUUUCUAAUAUUUUUCUGUCAUUCUCACCAGGUUUCCAGAAUAAAAAUAGGGUUGCAAUCCUGGCAGAACUAGACAAGGAGAAGAGAAAAUUACUUAUGCAAAACCAGUCUUCCACAAAUCACCCUGGAGCCAGCAUUGCACUUGCACGAUCACCUCUAAACAAGGAUUUCCGUGACCAUGCUGAGCAACAGCACAUUGCAGCUCAGCAGAAGGCUGCACUGCAGCAUGCACAUGCACAUUCCUCAGGAUACUUCAUAACUCAAGACUCUGCAUUUGGAAAUCUUAUUCUUCCUGUCUUACCUCGACUUGAAGUGGAAUGAGUGAUGCUGUUUCUCGGAACUGUGGAGUCUGAUUCUAGCCAUAGCAGGACUGCCUGACCUUUUAAUUCUUUUAUUUUUGACUCUUAAAUCCUUAAAUCAUUCGGGAUUCUUGUGGUUGCCUUUGGAAGUGCAAACUCAACUAAUGAAAAAGCAGUGUUCUUGAACAGAGGUUUUAUUUCGUAUUUCAGGCUAAGGUCAAACAUAAGACCUCCCUGGUGUGUCAAGUGCAUGGUGCUUACUCAUAUCUUCCUUUUUAAAUAAAUAUCCAAACCAGAGUCAUCAAGAGAUGUACACAAUAAUAAAGAUCAUAAGUGCUGACCAAGUAUGCAAGUACCACUUUUUCUACUUUGAUGAAAAAGAAAGACACUUUUUUUCUGUCAAAGCAGACAUGAAUUUAUUAUGCACGUCAGUAAGUCACCUUUUUUUAAUUGACAUGCAGGAACAUUACUGGUAUAAUGCUGUUUGCUGUUACAACAUUACAUGGUCUUCACAAGUCCUUUGUUGUAGUGUACCUACCUCUUUAUUUUGUGAACUAUGAAAAUGAAUUAAAGUCACCAAGAAGAGUGGAAAAAAAACAAUUGUUUCAAGCAGUCUCUCAAUAAAAUAAAAGAAUCCUCUAAUUUCAGAUUGAAAGUGUGCAAGGACAUUUCAGAUCAAGGAUCAGGGAGUUGUGUCUUUUUCAAUACUUCAAGUGUGUUUUGUCUUUGCUUUAUUCUUUGCCUUUUUUAUUUGUGAUAACCAACUGCAUCUCCAUGCUGAAGGAAAAUGUAUUGCUCUUAAUUUUGUGAUUGUGGUUAUGCUACCAAUAUAAAGUAUCUUACAGUGAAAAAUA